GCUUGUGUUACCUCGUGUUACUAGGAAACCGAGACCCCGAUAUUCUACGAUUGAUAGGACCCAUUCACACCCUUGUCUCAGCUGAGCUGAAGUAUAACUUUGCCCCGUAAAUAAACAUUCCGAUCCCCGGAUUUACGAUAAACACUGCGGCAACCAGCAAAGGAGGCACAUGGCAACAUUCAAGCCUAAUCAAAACCACCAAGGUAACCCGAAUUUCUGGAUAACGAUAAAGGGCAACUUAUCCAAACAACCAAAUAACAAUGACGUACCGGGUUGACUAAAACAACAUCACAAUCUCACAAUCUCACAAUCUCACAAUCUUACAAUCUCGCAAUAAUUAAUCUGCAACGAUCUGGUAGCACUCGGCCACUCUUUACCGAACCAAUUCUAUACUUAGAGUUAGACCUCGUCCGAUCAUCUGAGACUUUCGAAUGCAGAUGAACUACCAAUCUAGAUAAUCGCAAACAUGUCCUUCCUAUUUUCGAGGGCGAGAACCAGGACUAACACUCUGGAUCUCCCCAAGCAAGCCAGGGAACAUAUCCUGAAGCUCGAUGGCCUCGGCAAAGCCGAAGAACUGGCCAAGGUGCUCAGCCAGAUGAAACUCAUCCUCCAAGGAACACCAGAAGUAGAGAGUACCCCUGAACAGGUAUAUCAACUUGUCACGGGUCUAAUAGAAGAAGACCUUCUCCUUCUACUCGCCCAGAACCUACACCGUCUCCCCUUCGAAUCCCGCAAAGACACCCAAGUCAUAUUCUCCUACGUUUUCCGUUUCCGCCCUCCGACUGCGUCGCCCAAGACCGAUCCUGUCGCAUUGAGUUAUGUGGUUAACAAUAAGCCACAAGUGUUGUUGGAGUUAUGCCGAGGUUACGACCACAAAGAGAGUGCGACACCCGCCGGCACCGUGUUACGCGAGGUUCUAAAAAGCGAGGCGGCUGCCGCCAUCAUACUCUACGACGAUGGAGAAGAGCCGGGAUCCAGUUUGAAAGGUGUCACGGCGAUCGAUAGGGAACGACCGCAAAGUGGCAACGGAGUAUUCUGGCGCUUUUUCGAUUGGAUCGACAAGAGUUCGUUCGAAGUUGCCGCCGAUGCCUUCACCACAUUCCGAGAACUAUUAACCAAACACAAAGAGCUCGUACCUCGUUACCUCACCAUCAACUUCGAGCUCUUCUUCGACAAGUACAACCACAUCCUAGUGCAGUCCAACAGCUACGUGACGAAGCGUCAGUCGAUCAAGUUGCUCGGCGAGAUAUUACUCGACCGAUCGAACUACAACGUGAUGACCGCGUACGUAGACCGCGGCGAGCACCUGAAGAUCUGCAUGAACCUGCUGCGCAGCGAUCGCAAGAUGGUCCAGUACGAGGGCUUCCACGUCUUCAAGGUCUUUGUGGCCAACCCCCACAAGUCCAUCGCCGUGCAGAAGAUCCUGCUGAUGAACCGCGACAAGCUGCUCAACUUCCUCUCCCACUUCCUCGAGGACCGCACCGACGACGAGCAGUUCAUCGACGAGCGUGAAUUCCUCAUUAAGCAGAUCCGGAACAUGCCCUCGAACCCCGUCCCCCCAGCCCGCCAGAUGACCCAGGCGGUCUAGAGAAGCCCCAGGGGAGCUGGCGGCGGCGGCGGCGGCGAUAGGGGCGUGUGCAUAUAAGUCGCCUUUUUUACGUACUGCUUUACUCGGCGGCGGCAUGGGCAGUCUGAAUUUGCUGCUGCUGUUGCUGUUGUUUUUUUGGAGCUUUGAGUUUUGCAGGGGAGUCUAGAUAUUCGACGGUGAACAAAUCCAUACUGUAGACGUACGAAGCAGCCGUCAUGGCAGACAUUAUUGCAUGUAGUUAGGCGUUUUAGGUCAUCACUGUACUGUCACUAGAGCCACGAAGAGCUCUAACUUCGCAAUGAAACGAAAUCAUAUAUUCCCCG